UACAUGCGAUUGGAAUAAGAUUAACAUAAUAGUGUCAUUAAUUGCAAUUUUUACACAAUUCUGUUGAGUAGAUGUGAUGAUGAUGCCCGGAAAAACUCCGGUACAAGAGAAUCCUUUGGGUCUGUCUUGGCAUGACAGCGCCUGGAUUCCCGUUCUUAAUCCAAGCAACAUCAUGGAUUAUUUCUCAGAAAGAAGCAAUCCAUUUUACGACAGGACUUGCAACAAUGAGAUAGUCAAGAUGCAGCGUUUGAGUCCUGAUCAACUGAACAAUAUGACUGGCUUGGAAUAUAUUCUUUUGCAUGUGCAAGAGCCAAUCCUAUAUGUGAUAAGGAAACAACUUAGGCAUUCCCCAACUCAAGCUUCAGCAGUUGCCGAUUAUUAUAUUAUAGCUGGCGUUGUAUAUCAAGCUCCAGAUUUAGGAUCCGUUGUGAGUUCUAGAUUGCUGUCCACAGUUCACCACCUACAAUCUGCUUUCGAUGAGGCAAGCAGCUGUUCUCGAUAUCACCCCAGUAAAGGCUAUUCUUGGGAUUUCAAAAAUGGUAAGGCUUUGGCUGCAAAGAAGGAAACGCCAGUGCGCGAGGAACCUAGCUCGUUGUUUCAACGCCAGAGAGUGGAUAUGUUACUUGCAGAACUUACUCGUAAAUUUCCUUUACCAGUGCCAAAGCCAGUACAUCAAGCAAGUGAACCUUCUGUAGAAAUUAAGCAAGAAGUGAAGACUGAGAAAAAAGAUAUGAAACCACCACCAGAGAAGAAACCUAGACUUAAUUAA